AGAAGGAGCUCGAGGACGCAGUGGUGUCGUGAUGUUGGCUGUGUUUCUGCUGCUGCUGGCCUCCGUGGCAUCCGUCCCCUCUCCCUCCAGACCCACGCCCAGGUACUGCCGCAGGUGCUGCGAUCACCUAGACCCGCCCCUGAGCCCCGCCCCCCAGCCUGCAGCCAAUCACACGCCGGAGAUCCGCACCAUCAUUAACAUGACCAUCCUCAAAGGGGAAAAAGGAGAGCGUGGGGACAGAGGGACGCCUGGCAAAGCCGGAGUGGACGGACCCCCUGGACUCAGAGGUGUGACGGGGCCCAAAGGCAAUAAAGGAGACACAGGGGCCCCCGGAGACCCCUGCAAAAUCCAGCAGUCGUCCUUCUCCGUGGGCCGACGCAAAGCUCUGCACAGCGCCGAUUACUACCAGGCCCUGAUCUUCGACACCGUCUUCGUGAACUUGGGCGAACACUUCAACAUGUUUAAGGGGAAGUUCUACUGCUUCGUCCCGGGAGUCUAUUUCUUCAACGUCAACAUUCACACCUGGAACUUCAAGGAGACGUACCUGCACCUGAUGCACAACGAGCGGCAGCAGGUGAUCCUGUACACGCAGCCCAGCGACCGCUCCAUCAUGCAGAGCCAGAGCGUCAUGCUGUCUCUGGAGCUCAACGACGAGGUCUGGGUCCGGCUCUACAAGCGCCAGCGAGACAACGCCAUUUACAGCGACGACGUGGACGUCUACAUCACCUUCAACGGACACCUGGUGGCUCCUAAAGUCUAGGAGGAGGGACCGCUGUAUUUGCACGAGUGUGUAGAGGAA